AUGAAGAUUCUGUAUUGGAACAUUCGGGGUGUUAGGAAGGCAGCAGGGUUGUGCGCUUUACGUCUACUGGUGAAGGAGCAUGCCCCGGAUGUGUUAUGCUUGGCUGAACCCAUGGUUCAGGUAUGUAAAUUUCCUGUUAUUUUCUUUAGUCGGUUGGGGUAUGCGGUGGAUUUCAUUCAUAAUUUUCGGGAUGACAAAGUCCCAAAUUUAUGGAUUAUAUGGAAGUUGGGGGUUUCGAGACCAGUUGUUGCAGGUAUGUCUGAUCAAUAUAUAUCAGUCAUCUUUGAUUGGCCAGGUAGUAAAGUGGGUAUUUCUUUUGUACAUGCAAGUUCUUUUAAAAUUAUGCGUAGGCAAUUGUGGUUAGAUUUGGAGUUGUCGAUAUCAGCUUUGGUUCCGUGGUCUGUGAUGGGGGAUUUCAAUGCAACCCUGUUCUCGCAUGAGAAAAGAGGUCCUGGUAAGUUUAAUCUUGGAUCAGCUGCUGAAUUCCAGGCAAUGGUUGAUGCGUGUGAAUUGCUUUCUAUCCCUUCUCAGGGAAAGAAAUUCACUUGGACUAAUAAUCGUCGAAGGGGUCAUGCAGUUGCAGUGUUGGAUCGGAGUUUUUGUAAUGGGAAGUGGAUAGAUGUGUUUAGAAAUGUGAAGCAGCGUGUUUUGUUGUCCUCGGUAUCAGAUCAUGCCCCUUUAAUUGUUGUCUCUGAUGAUGUUCAAAGACCUACAAAUAUCCCCUUUAGAUUCCAUAGCUUUUGGAUGGAAAAUGAUCAAUUUAUCUCUGUGGUUGAGGAAGCUUGGAAAACUUCGAUAGGGGGUAAUCCAAUUUUCGUUCUGGCACAAAAAUUAAAGCAGGUCAAGGAGAAUUUAAAGGUUUGGGCGAGGGCCAAUUUUCCUAACCUGAAUGAUGAGGUCGAUAAAGCAAAGCUGGAAUUAAAGAAGGUUCAAGAUAUGAUAGAGGUGGCUGGGAUGAAUGAUGAAUUAUUUAACAGAGAGGCAGAUGCAAAAACAGUAUUAUUGAAGGCCAACCAAAUGUACGAGAAGUUGUGGGCUGAAAAAGCUAAACUGAGAUGGAUGAAAAAUGGAGAUUGUAACUCGAAGAUUUUUCAUCUCUCCGUGAAGCUAAGGAGGUUGAAAAAUCAGAUCACCUCCCUAAAAAAGGAAAAUGGAACUUGGGUUUCAGACCAACAGGGAAUAUCAUCUUAUGUCUCUGAUUUUUUUGAGAAAUUUCAUGAGGCUGAUGAAAUCACGGUUCAUAAUGACCUUCUUGAUAAUAUUCCCAGAGUGUUGGAGGAGGAGGACGUGGCAGGAUUGGAGAGUGUCCCGAGUGGGGAAGAAAUAAAACAAGCUGUUUGGGAUUUAGAUCCUGUAAGCUCUCCAGGUCCUGAUGGGUUCCCAGGGAAGAAGAUUGUGGUGAAGUGGGAUGAGAUUGAUGGUUCGCUGAAAACUACCUACCUUUCCUCUUCGAUAUGGCCUGGUCUUAAAAAGGUGUGGCGGUGGGUACAGUCUCAUGAGCAAUGGACUGUUGGGAAUGGUCAGAGGAUAAAUUUUUGGAAAGAUAGCUGGCUGGGAAAGAAGUCUAUUGAGGAGAUGUAUGGUUCGCAGUUAGAUAUCUUUGAUUCGAUGCAGGCAAAGGUUUCUGAUUUCAUUUGCCAAGAUGAGUGGAAUUUUCCCCAGUUUUCUCAUUCAAGUGAGUGCAAGUUCCCCAUUACGCUAAGGAUUUGGUGGGCCUUCUACUUUCUAAUGUCUAGUUCCUUUCUUGUUAUACAUCUUGGUUUGUAUUGGAAACAUUUUCAAUUACCAAUCUUGCUGUGGGUGUCUGAUGCUAUUUCAGUUAUUGCUGGUUUGUCCAUUUCUUAUGUUGGGUUGUUUGGCAAGGGGCAAGAAGAUGAAGAUUUCCAUCUUUUGGAGCCUCUUUUGAAAACUAGUUCCAAUCAAAACAAUGGUGAUGAGAAACAAGAAUCAAGUGUCGGUGAAGAGAGUAUAACUCCUUAUGCAAAUGCCAAUUUUCUUAGUAUUUUUACUUUCUCUUGGAUGGGUCCUUUGGUUGCACUCGGGUAUGAAAAAACAUUGGACCCUGAAGAUGUCCCUCAACUUGCCAGUCAUGAUAGUGCCAAUGCGGUCUUUUCUUGUUUUAGAAAUAAAAUUGAAUUUGAUGGUAACAACGAUAGUAUUGGUGGUCAGGUAAGCACACUCAAGCUAGUGAAGGCAUUAAUUCUCCUAACUUGGAAAGAAAUUCUAUGGACAGGCUUGUUGUCCAUUGCAUGCACAUUGGCUUCUUAUGUUGGACCAUACCUUAUUGUUGCCUUUUUUCAGUAUCUAGACAGCUCUCAACAACUAAAAAAUAAAGGUUAUAUGCUAGUGUUUAUUUUCUUAUUAUCAAAGUUCAUAAGGUGCUUUUCAGAGAGGCAUUUGUUCUUUCAAUUGCGGAAGAUGGGAAAUAGGGUCCGUGCUGCCUUGUUCGCAGCAAUCUAUAAGAAAAAUCUUAGGCUCUCAAGCCAAUCAAAACAAGGCCACACUAGUGGGGAGAACGUUAAUUUGAUGACCAUUGAUGUUGAAAGGACUGGAUUUUUCAGUUGGUACUUGCAUAAUAUAUGGAGGGUGCCUGUUCAAGUUGUUCUAGCACUGUUUAUAUUGUACAUAAACCUUGGCUUCGCUUCACUUGUAGCUUUUGUUGCCACAGUGAUUUUGAUGGUAGCAAAUAUUCCAUUAGGAAAACUACAGGAGAAAAUUCAGGGAGAAUUGAUGGAUUCAAAGGAUCGAAGGAUGAAGGUGACAUCAGAGGCUCUAAGGAAUAUGAGGAUUCUCAAGCUUCAGGCUUGGGAGGUAAAAUUCUUGGCUAAGAUAAUUGAUCUUAGGAAUUUUGAAACAAAAUCGUUAAGGAAGUUUCUUUAUACAUCAGCUAUGAUUGCCUUUGUCUACUCGUCUACUCCCUUGUUUGUGUCUAUGGUUACUUUUGGGUUCUGUGUGCAUAGUGGAAUUCGCUUAGACUCAGCAAAGAUUAUAUCUGCACUUGCAACAUUUGAAAUGUUACAAGUGCCCAUUAAAACUCUCCCAGACACAAUUUCCAUGGUAGUUCAGAUUAAAGUCUCCCUUAACAGGAUAACCUCAUUCUUGUGUCUUAAUGAUCUUAAUCAAAAUAUAGCUCAUAAUCUUCCAAGUGAUAAUGCUGAAGUCGCAAUUGAAAUAGUCAAGGGGAAUUUCUCUUGGGACCUUUGUUCUCCUAAUCCCACAUUAAAAGAUCUUAAUUUCAGAGUGAACCAUGGUAUGAAAGUGGUAGUUUGUGGCUCUGUUGGAUCAGGCAAGUCAAGCCUACUUUCAUGCAUAUUGGGGGAAGUGCCGAAGGUAUCUGGAACUGUUAAGUUAAAGGGGAAAAAGGCCUAUGUUGCACAAUCACCUUGGAUACAGAGUGGCAAGAUAAUAGAUAAUAUAUUGUUUGGUAAGGAAAUGGACAAGGAAAGGUACGAGAUGAUCCUGGAAGCAUGUUCAUUGAAGAAAGACUUAGAAUUGUUCGACUUUGGAGAUCAAACUAUCAUAGGGGAAAGGGGGAUCAAUCUGAGUGGUGGACAAAAACAAAGAAUACAGAUUGCACGUGCUUUGUACUAUGAUGCAGAUAUUUAUCUACUUGAUGAUCCUUUUAGUGCCGUGGAUGCUCAUACCGGAUCUCAUCUAUUUAAGGAGUGUUUGUUGGGAAUUUUGGGUUCAAAGACAGUAAUAUAUGUUACCCACCAAGUAGAGUUUUUCUCUUAUGCAGAUCUUAUCCUGGUGAUGAGAGAUGGAAAGAUUAUUCAAGCCGGGAAGUACGAAGAAAUUCUUAGUUCAGGCACUGAUUUUAUGGAGUUAGUGGGUGCACAGAAGAAAGCUUUGGCAGAACUUAAUUCCAUCGAACAUGACGCUGAUUUAGAUAAUCUAAUUAAUGGAGAGAAAGAUGGUAAUAUGUUAUGGAGCGAGAAGUCUAUUCAAGAUAACGAGGUAAAAGAAUCCAAAAACCACAAAACUGAAAAAUUGGCUGGGCCAAAAGAGCAACUUGUCCAAGAAGAAAAGAGAGAAAAGGGUGGAGUUAGUCCUUCAGUCUACUGGAAGUAUGUUACGGCUGCAUAUAAAGGAGCUUUUAUACCAUUGAUACUACUAGCACAAAUUCUUUUUGAGCUUCUCUUAAUAGUCAGUAGUUACUGGAUGGUGUUGGCUAAUCCUGUUUCAGAGAAUGUAAGACCUCAUGUUAGAGGAUCUACUCUCAUCUUUAUCUAUAUUGCUUUAACCCUUGGAGGCUCUCUUUGUUCACUUAUAAGGUCCAUGCUCAUUGUAACUACUGGAUACAAGACAGCCACUCUACUCUUCAACAAAAUGCAUUUGUGCAUUUUUCGUGCUCCACUGUCAUUUUUUGAUUCAACUCCAAGUGGAAGGAUUCUAAAUCGGACAUCCAUAGAUCAAAGUGCAGUUGAUACCAUUAUUCCACAUAAAUUUGAAGAACUUCUUAUCUCAAUCAUAGGAUUUCUUGGAACGAUUGCAGUAAUGUCACAGGUUGCAUGGCCAAUGUUGAUAGUUUUUAUUCCAAUGACCAUAGCAUGCAUUUGGUACCAGCAAUACUAUAUAUCUGUAGCACGAGAACUAUCACGAUUGGCUGGAGUAUGUCAAGCUCCAAUUACACAACAUUUUGUUGAAUCUAGUUUAGGUUCAACCACAAUCAGGUGCUUCGAUCAAGAAGAUAGGUUUAUGGACACAAACCUCAAGCUAGUGGAUGGAUAUUUUCGGCCGAAAUUUCAUUUUUCUGGUGCAAUAGAAUGGUUAUGCUUUCGCAUGGAUAUAUUAGCAUCCAUCACAUAUGCUGUCUUUUUGGUUUUCGUGAUCUCAAUGUCGAAGGAAGUACUUAGUCCUGGUGUUGUGAGUUUAGGAGUCACAUACGGGCUUGGUUUUAGUAUGCAUGGGGUCAUUUGGGAUCUAUGCGGUCUUGAAAAUAGCAUCAUAUCUAUUGAGAGAAUAUUGCAGUACACAUCCAUCCCUAGUGAAUCCCCUUUGUUGGUGGAAGAAAACAAGCCAGGUCCUGAAUGGCCAUCACAAGGGAGAAUUGAUAUUAUUAAUCUACAAGUCCGGUAUGCCCCACAUCUUCCUCUUGUCUUGCGAGGUCUCACAUGUACGUUUCCUGAUGGGAUCAAGAUUGGUAUUGUUGGGCGAACAGGAAGUGGAAAAUCAACUCUCGUACAAGCACUUUUCCACAUGCUUGAGCCUACUGCUGGUCAAAUUUGGAUAGAUGGUAUCAACAUUUUCAAGAUUGGCCUUCAUAAUUUGCGGUCAAGAUUGAGCAUCAUCCCCCAAGAUCCAAUAAUGUUUGAAGGGAGUCUAAGAAAUAAUCUUGACCCACUUGAAGAUUACACUGAUGAACAGAUCUGGGAGGUUUUAGAUAAAUGCCAACUUGGUGAUGAAGUUAGAAAAAAGGAAGGGAAGUUGGAUUCUCCAGUGACUGAGAAUGGAGAGAAUUGGAGCAUGGGUCAAAGGCAACUAGUUUGUCUAGGACGGGUAUUACUCAAGAGGAGUAAGGUGUUGGUCCUUGAUGAAGCUACUGCGUCAAUGGAUUCUGCGACUGAUUAUCUAAUUCAACGAACCAUUAGGCAACACUUCUCAAAGUGCACUGUCAUCACAAUAGCACAUAGGAUCACAUCAAUCCUUGAUAUCGAUAUGGUCCUCCUCCUUGAUAAUGGUCUCAUACUAGAGUAUGAUUCCCCAGCCAAACUGCUAGAGAUCAAGUCCUCAUCAUUUUCAAAGCUUGUUAGGGAAUAUACCCGAAGAUGUAGCUCCUAGUUUUUGAAAGGAUAGAUGAGUAAGUUUUGAAUUGUCAAAUGUACAUGUUUCAUUAGA